UCGCAGAGAUCAAAUUAGUGGUGGGGACAAUUCAAUAAUCGCUGGAUAUUGGUGGGGACAUGUCCCUUCCGUCCAUGCCAAAUCUACGCCCUUGCUGUGUAUACUCAUGUAUUGACAAUAAAGCUCCUGAAUCUUGAAAGACUUUCAAUACUAGGCAGAUGAGAUGUAUCACUAUGAGGGUGGAGUGGAAUAGUCCUCGUUGAUAAUACCUUUAAUUUCCCUCUCACCUUUUGGCUUUCAACACCAUGUCACCUGAUCAGCUGGGGGUAGAUAAAUUCAGCGUAAUCCCAUUGUCACUGCCAGCUUUCACCAGUAUCUGAAAGCUUAAUCCAACAUAUAAUAUAGCAUAUAGUAUAGCAUUUUAGUCUCAUUUAUGAUGACGAUUCAGAUUCGUUUUAUAAUUGUCUGUCUUGGUGUCCGGUUGCUCAUGUUUUCAUGAGCAACCGGUUGAGCAACAGUUGAGGCACUUUGCCUUUGGGAGGGGUUUCUGGCCGAGUAGAAAGCAGAGGAGCCAGCCUCUUUGACAGUAUUCAAAAGUUCGAGUGAGUGCACAGUGCCAGACUUCCAGAUCGUUUGACCUUUGUAACAACAUUUUUGUUAAACAUGGAAUUGACAGCAGAAAGUCACUCCAUUCCCCUAUCUGACGGAAACAGCAUACCCUUGAUAGGACUGGGAACUUAUGCAAAUCCCCGCGAGACUCCUAAAGGAACUACAUAUGAAUCUGUCAAAAUUGCGAUCGAAACGGGCUACAGACACAUUGACGGAGCUUUGGUCUAUUACAAUGAACACGAAGUGGGGCAAGCAAUAAGGGACAAAAUAGCAGAUGGAACUGUGAAAAGAGAGGACAUCUUCUAUUGUGGAAAGUUGUGGAACACAUUUCAUCCACCCGAGCUAGUACGACCUACUUUGGAGAAAACCCUGACGACAUUACAGCUGGAUUAUGUUGACCUCUAUAUUAUAGAACUGCCCAUGGCUUUCAAGCCAGGAGAUGGAUUUUACCCCAAAGAUGAGAGUGGGAAGUGGCUUUAUCAUGAAACGGACCUCUGUGCCACAUGGGAGGCUUUAGAAGCUUGUAAAGACGCUGGCCUUAUAAAAUCUCUUGGGGUUUCAAACUUCAACAAGCGACAACUAGAGCUAAUCCUUAACAAGCCGGGGCUGAAACACAAACCUGUGUCAAACCAGGUUGAAUGCCACCCCUAUUUCACCCAGCCAAAGUUGCUUGAAUACUGCCGGCAGAAUGGUAUCGUCAUUGUUGGUUACAGCCCGCUGGGAACAUCCAGAGAUCCGUCUUGGGUAAACCUAAAAUGCCCCCCAAUGCUGGAAGAUGAGCUGCUGGUAUCGAUUGCCAAAAAGUACAACAAGACCACGGCUCAGGUGUGUCUGCGGUUCAAUGUACAGAGAGGCGUGGUGGUCAUCCCAAAGAGCUUCAGCCCUGCUCGCAUAAAGGAAAACUUUGAGAUAUUCGAUUUCUCUCUCUCUGACGCUGAUAUGAAGGCAGUUGAAGGGUUGAACAAAAGCAUCCGCUUUGUGGAGCUUCUCAUGUGGUCUGACCAUCCAGAGUAUCCAUUUCAUGAUGACUUCUAGACACCACAGACAGCAACACCCCUGUUCUAGAGUGAUUAAACUUGGCAUCUUUACUUUGCUAAAAAUAAUAUUUAAUUGCUAUUAGCUAAUUAAAAAACUUAAAUUUACAGCACACAAUAUAAUACACUUCCUUGGGUAAAGGGUUCAACUGCUGAGCUGUGCUAAUGAAGGUCUGCUCUCACAGAUGUCUUUCGUUUUGUAAAAGUCUUACUGAUAAGUUUUGAGUGACAAAACAAACAAACUUGGGAUAGUAAAUGUUUGCAAACUACAGAAUAAAGAUAAGGUGUGGCUAAAUCAAAGCAAGACUGUUAACUAAGUAUAGAAAGCUUCUGAAUUGCUCAACCUGAAUAACAGCUUUUAAAACUGAAUUUGAAUUAAAUUUAGCAAUUGAA